AUGACUUAUCCGGGACUAACGGAUGAUGGUCUCGUACGCUACCAUAGCUUGAAGGCCAAUAUUAAGUCUACUGGUCUAGCCACGGUUUGUCAAGAGGCAAAAUGCCCCAACAUUGGAGAGUGCUGGAGUGGAGGCACCGCUACUAUAAUGCUCAUGGGGGAUACUUGUACAAGGGGAUGCCGGUUUUGUGCAGUGAAAACAAGUCGGAAGCCUCCAGCAUUGGAUGCCAGUGAGCCUUCCACUGUAGCAGAGACAAUAUCGAGGUGGAAGGGAGAGGACGGCAAUCAGCUGAGCUACAUAGUAUUGACCAGUGUUGAUCGGGAUGACGUACUUGACCAAGGAUCAAUGCACAUUGCCGAGACUGUGAGAAAACUGAAAGAAAAAAUGCCGGAUUUGCUCGUCGAGGCGUUGGUGCCUGAUUUCAAAGGGGACAGCUUCUGUGUGAAGGAAGUAGCGACUAGUGGUCUUGAUGUAUACGCGCAUAACAUCGAGACUGUGGAAAGACUAACACCCUCUGUAAGGGAUCGCAGAGCUGGGUAUCGACAGAGUCUUCGUACAUUGGAAAUGGCGAAAGAGUAUUGCCCUAAGCUUUUGACUAAAUCGUCUAUCAUGUUGGGCUUGGGUGAAGAGGACGUCGAGGUAGUACAGU